GGUUUUGUGACAUUUACAUACUGUGUAAGAAAUUUUCGCGGUUCAAAUUCCCAAAGCCGAAACUGUUAGUAGGUACCUAUUUGUUGUUUUAGUAAAAUAAAAUGCAAGCAUUCCUUAAAACGGGUAAAAUAUCUGCUGCAGACAAGCCAUCGUCCUCUGGUAUCAAGACUACUACUAGAAAGAAGCCACCUGCUCCAUGGGUUGAAAAAUAUCGGCCGAAGACCAUAGACGAUAUCGUAGAUCAAGGAGAGGUGGUGCAAGUACUAAGGGAGUGUUUAUCUGGGGGUGAUUUGCCCCAUCUUUUGUUUUACGGGCCUCCUGGCACGGGAAAAACAAGUGCUAUCCUUGCGGCGGCACGGCAGCUUUUCGGUGAUAUUACGAGAGAUAGAGUGCUAGAACUCAAUGCUUCAGAUGAACGAGGAAUCCAAGUUGUUAGAGACAAAGUUAAAACUUUUGCACAAAUGACUGUUAGCAGUACCAGGCCUGAUGGUCGGCCAUGUCCUCCUUAUAAACUUGUUAUCUUGGAUGAGGCAGAUUCUAUGACUAACUCUGCCCAGGCUGCCCUACGCCGCACAAUGGAACGCGAGACAAGGACCACACGCUUUUGUCUAAUUUGUAAUUAUGUUUCGAGGAUCAUCCCCCCUAUUACCAGCAGAUGUUCCAAAUUCAGAUUUAAACCAUUGGCCAGAGAUAAUGUUAUCAAGAGAUUGCGUGAGAUCUGUGAAGCAGAAGGUGUAGACGUCGGGGAUGGUGAUGUGCUGCAUAAAGCUGUGGACACAUGUGAAGGAGACUUACGUCGGGCUCUUACUGCACUGCAAUGCUGCCAGAGAUUACUGGGCAAAAUCACUGAGGAAGGCCUUAUUGAGGUGACUGGCUUGGUACCUGAGAUGUUGGUGAAUGAGUAUCUCAGUGUCAACAACUACAGUGAACUUGAGAAGUUUGUGGAAAAUUUCCUUAUGGAGGCAUAUUCCGCUUCGCAACUUCUCGAGCAGCUGAGCGCGACCGUGAUCACGGCGGGUCACCUAACCAACUCACAGAAGUGUGCGAUCAGUGAGAAGCUGGCAGUGUGCGCCCACAGGCUACUAGAUGGCGGCGCUGAGUUCAUGCAGCUCACGGACCUGGGAUGUACUAUCAUUAUGGCUAACAACAACCCCUGAGUAUGCUCGACCAGUUUCAUUUUAGGGUGAUUUUUUUUAUACACCUGUCGAAUCUCUUGAUCCAAUUUUGUAUGCUUCACGUAUAAAGGAUAUGUCCAUGUUCGUGUAAUAAUAAUAAUGCCGGCUAUAUAUAAAUUAUACUUGCGGUUUCGACGUACAUAUGUUUUUCUUUCUAGUAGGUAAUUUAUUCCUAAAAUUAAACAAGUGCAUUACCAUUUCGUUAAGUUGUGCCGAGCGAUUAGACAAGAAAGAUAAAUUUUCUGUUACAUUUCGCAGUUCAAUGGAAUUUCACAGUCGGUCGGUAAUAACUUCACCGUCCGUCUUCAAUCUUCGUUGCCUUUCUUUCUUUGGGUACAAUAACCCACUAUUAUUAUUGAUAUACAAGUGCCUGAUGUGUUGACCAAUGUUGAUAUUUGUAAUAUGAUUACAAUUAAGUGUGUAAUUAAAAUGUUGUGCUUUAAUCUCUAGUGGCUUUCUCGUCAAUAUUUAUAGUUAUUUCUCACAAGCUACAAACUACUGGCAUUUCGGAACGACCACUGCUGAGAAGAAAUGCCGAAGAACUGCUGAGAAGAUAUUUUUCAUGCGGUAACAAAAUUAUUUUCUUAUCAUUAAACUCAUAAAAUGUA